AUGGGAAUUAAAACCUUGCUUCCUUUUCUGAAAGACGUCACUGAAAACAGCUAUUUAGACAGUUUUAAAGGUCUCGUGGCGGCCGUAGAUGCGUCUUGUUGGUUACACAAGGCCAUUGCGAUCAGUUAUUCGCAAUUCGGAGACGAUCGAAGGUGAGAACUUUUAAUAUGAAAGUUUUACUAUGUCUUAAUUUGUAUUGCAUUUUAACUAAUGCUUUUACUUCUUAGAGUGAAGGAGAUCUGCAAUUCUUAUCUGGAUCUACUGGAAAGGAAUAAAAUUCGACCGUUGGUCGUGUUCGACGGAUUGCCGCUACCGGGCAAGGACAGAGAGCGUGAUAACAGAGCAAUGUGAGAGAAUUUUUUUGCAUUGACAGUUGAAGCUCAGUUCAAAUAUUUAAGCCUUUUGUCUAAUUUUCUUUAGUAGAAAUGAUUUUUUUCAGCAGACAUUGAUCUCCCAUAAAUCUUCUUCCUUUAGGCAAAGAAAACAACAACAGCAAAAAGCUGACCAACUUCGGCGCAGUGGAAAGGUGACUGAGGCAAGAAACGCUUUGGCUGCAGCUGCAGAAAUUAACCACGAUCUCGUCUGUGGGUUUAUUCAAGUAAGUCUAAGUCUCAAUUUUGGCAUAAAGUUUAUCAUUUCAGUAAGCUUAAAAUACAUUUUUUUCUAGACUUCUUAAUAAUUAAAUAUUGUAUUGUUUUUAAUUAAAAAUUGAAUGACCUCGUUAAGAUAAUUUUUUAUUCUUUUCAUUUAUAGACUUGCCGACAAAAGUCUAUUGAUUAUGUGGUAGCUCCGUACGAGGCUGAUGCAGAGAUAGCAUUACUUUAUGAGCAUGGCUAUGUAGAUAUUGCAAUCUCAGAGGAUUCCGACCUUCUUGCUUAUGGAUGCCAAAAGGUACAUUGAAUAACCCAUACAAUUUAUCAUCCAAAUGCUUAUUCAAAGCCUGGCUGUGUUUACUUGAUUUUCAACAGAAUGAACUAUAAGCUUAUAGUUUUAGUCCUUUUUAUAUCGUAACUAUUAAUUUCAUAAACUAGGACCCAAUUGCAAAUAGCAGCAGAUCUCUGAACACUUUAAAGGUUUUACUGAAAAAAAAAUUUAGAGGCUUUCUGUAAUUUUUAAUCAUUUUCUUAUUCUUUUUAUUGUCAUUAGGUUCUUUUUUUCGAUUAUACAAUUUUAUUAAUUUGUACAAGUAUCAAUUUGAAAUUAGUAGCACUUAGAAUUAGUUAUAAAUUGUAUACAUUUUUAUUUUUAUGAACUCAAUGUUUUGCGCAGGCGAUCAUACAGGUAUACUCAUGAAGCCUGUGCAAUAUAAAUGCAUAUACUAUUAUUACUAUUACCUUUGGUUUUCUCCGUUGAACACAAAAGACCAUGAAUAAAAAUAAGGAAGGGUUUUCCUGAACACCCCUAAUUUCCCUAUCUAUCUAUAGGUUUUGUUCAAGUUGCGACUCGAUGGUGUGUGUGAAGUAAUCGAGUUAGGAAAGGUGUUGCAACAUUUGUCACUGACACAGGAAGAAUUCCUGGACAUGUGCAUUGUUGCAGGUUGUGACUACUUAGAAAAUGUACGUGGCAUUGGUAUCCAUACUGCCCACAAGCUCGUGACAAAAGAAAAAACAGAUUUCUUAGCUGUUUUACAGAGAAAUCGAUUUGCCCGUCAGACUACAGUAGUGGAUUUCAAAGGGCCAAGGCAAUAUUUCGUCACCAGACAGUGAUUAAUCCUAUAAAUGCAGAAACCAUGCCACUUACGCCUUGGGGACAAACACCAGAUAAGGAAGCUUUUCUGAACCCUUGUGGAAUGUAUCCAAUUUAAGUAAUUAUAAUUACUCACUAUAAGUGCUCUUGCUCACUGUUUUUUAUCUGCUAUGAUUGUCUGGGCGCGAGAAUUUCUUAUUCUAAAAGAAUUUCUUAUUCUAAAAAAUAUUUUCAUAAACGAAAUUAAGUAUUUAAAAAGUAGCCUGAGAAUUUUUGCUGUAUGGCAUUCACAUGGAAUAAUUUACAAUAAUUGGAUUUGAAUUGAUGGUGUGCUGAAAACUGUGUAAAAUCAGAUAGUCAGUUGUUGUACAGUUUCAUUAGAGUGAUUUUCAUGAGACCGUGAAACAGUAUCUAGCAAUUAAUCAAAAUUAGCCAAAAUUAGCUAAAACAAUGAAAACAAUGAAAGAAAGAAAACAUGGAAUUAAUGUCUAAUAGUGUGUACUAGUGCCUACUAACUUAGUAACUGUUUCACGGUCUUUUGAAAAUCAUUUUAUGCAUUUUAAAAAACUAGCUUUUCAAAGAUAGAAAAUAAUCCAUUUAUUGUGUUUUGUUGAUUACUUAAUAUCAUAUUAGCCUUCUCUCAAAUGAGUAUGCAGUUAACCUUGCUGUGGGUAAUGUUGAUCCCAGGGAGAGCACAACUAUCAGGAAUACCUUUGCACUUCCCAUCAAGGUAAAUUAUAUGCUAACAACUAAUUUAUUCUUUCUAUUUUAUUAACUGAUAAAGCGGAGUAUGCAUCACAUCUUUAAACUAUUUUUUAUUCAGAAAAACUUUUAACUUAAACAUUACAGAUAAAAUACUGAGAAGUCUCAAGUGACCUUCUAAACUCUUGACCAUGUGUUGUUUUUUAGAAGUGGCUUAUUUACAAUCAUUUAGUUUCUAUUGUGGAAUAAAAAUGUGCUAUAACAUUGGCCUUUUUCAGUUCAUCCCACAUGAAUGUGACAAAUAACUAAUUCUCAAGAAAAUGCUUCCUUCUUCAUUCCUUUAAUCCAAAAAGAACUGAAGAAAGACAAAAAAUAACUAAGGACACCAUUAUUAAUUGAAAUAUACUAAACAAGCUUGCUCAUCACAGCUAUUCACAUGCAGUGCACUUAGUUACAUAAUUUAUACUAAUACUUAUACAGCAUGAAAUAGAGUACUAAGGUGUGACGUCAUAAAAAAUGAAAUUUCUGAAAUUAUGGGAUUUGUCAGGGUAUUCUGAAAGAACAAUGUCCAAGAGGCCUACUUGCCAAAAAUGAGCAUUUGAGGGGCAAAUUGUCUCUGAGAUCGUAGCCUAGUUAUGCUUACAAAAUUCCAUACAAACCCUUCUAAAUAUUUUUGGGUGGGCCAAGAAAAAAUUAGAGGGGGUUUGUAGGGAGUUUUCUGAGUAUAACUGGGCUACGAUCUCAGAGACAAUUUGCCCCAAAAUGCUCAUUUUUUGGCAAGUAGGUCUCUUGGACAUUGUUCUUUCAGAAUACCCUGACAAAUCCCAUAAUUUCAGAAAUUUCAUUUUUAUGACGUCAUCACUUUAGUACUCUAUAAGGAAUGCUUUUUAUUACAACCAUUUUUCUGUAGAAGGGUUUGUGGCAGCCUAGAGACCUGGCAUUAACAGUUUCAAGUCUUGGACAAGAUAACAUUGAGUGGACUAUUCCGUCAUUCCCUGUUCUGACGAUAGAAUUUAUAAAAGGAACUGUUUCUAUAACUGGUAGAAGGACAGGGUGGCCUGCGCUAUUCCAAGCUGAUGACAGUGGACGGACAAAAUGUGGAGAUGAAAUCAUUGCUCAAAAAUGGUGUAACAUUGUGGUUGAAAACAUCACAUAUUUGGUCAUUUGGGAAUUUAGACGGUCUGAACCAGUAGAGCCGGAGGAUCAUUCAAUUGUUAAUGCUGAUGAUUCUGAUGAUUCAAAUGAGGAGAACGAUUCUUCAGAAAUUGAGCAUACUGUUCCUUUCAAAGUACUUGGUACUGCAUAUAAAGGACGACAAAUUAUCCUUAAAAAUGCAUACGAGUGUUUGGAAAAUAACAAAAUGAUGUACAAGCGCAGCUCCAACCAGAGCCUGAAAAUGAUUAUGACCAAAAUGCAAUAG